GGAAAUGACUAUUUGUAUCUUCACUCUGUUCCUGAUGAUAGAGGAAAAGGCUUUGGCCUGUUAUCACUGAGGCUGAUCCUGGCUAUAAAUGAGUGGAGUGUUUGAAGUGCCCUUUGAGACUCUGAAGCUGAAGAGUAUCUGAUCCAUCGCAAGUCUGUUUGUGCCUCACCCUGCACAGGAACAGCUUGACUUUAACCUCUGUGGAAACACAAAUGAGAACCGUGAUGGAUACAAUAAUUACUGAAAAUACCUGCUUGAGAAGUUAAUUGACAAGAGUCUCUGACUGCCUGAAGUUACAUUCUGAGACUGAAAUCACUGCACCUUAAAAACAAAAGAUUGAGAGGCACUGUGUCCCUACUUUUACCAUCAACAAUUGAAUAUUUCACCAAGAUUGUUGUCUGAUGCAGCCGCUCUCUGUCCCCUGCCCCGAUGAACAUCUGCACUAGGCCCAAGCCUUGGAGUGACUUACCUGAAGAGUGACACCAUUUGUCUGAAAUCUAUUGAAGAAACCCAAGACAGCUGAAAACCAGAAGGCAUCUGAGGAGAAUGAGAUUACUCAGCCGGGUGGAUCCAGCGCCAAGCCGGGCCUUCCCUGCCUGAACUUUGAAGCUGUUUUGUCUCCAGACCCAGCCCUCAUCCACUCAACACAUUCACUGACAAACUCUCACGCUCACACCGGGUCGUCUGACUGUGACAUCAGUUGCAAGGGGAUGACCGAGCGCAUUCACAGCAUCAACCUUCACAACUUCAGCAAUUCCGUGCUCGAGACCCUCAACGAGCAGCGCAACCGUGGCCACUUCUGUGACGUGACGGUUCGCAUCCACGGGAGCAUGCUGCGCGCACACCGCUGCGUGCUGGCAGCCGGCAGCCCCUUCUUCCAAGACAAGCUGCUGCUGGGCUACAGUGACAUCGAAAUCCCAUCGGUGGUGUCAGUACAGUCGGUGCAAAAGCUCAUUGACUUCAUGUACAGCGGUGUGCUGCGAGUCUCACAGUCGGAAGCUCUGCAGAUCCUCACAGCCGCCAGCAUCCUGCAGAUCAAAACAGUCAUAGAUGAGUGCACACGCAUCGUGUCUCAAAAUGUGGGCGAUGUGUUCCCCGGCAUCCAGGAUUCUGGCCAGGACACACCAAGAGGCACACCAGAGUCAGGCACAUCUGGCCAGAGCAGUGACACGGAAUCAGGCUACCUGCAGAGCCAUCCACAACACAGUGUGGACAGAAUCUACUCGGCACUGUACGCUUGUUCCAUGCAGAAUGGCAGCGGCGAGCGCUCCUUCUACAGCGGUGCAGUCGUCAGCCACCACGAAACUGCACUCGGCCUGCCCCGUGACCACCACAUAGAAGACCCCAGCUGGAUCACACGCAUCCAUGAGCGCUCGCAGCAGAUGGAGCGCUACCUGUCCACCACCCCUGAGACCACACACUGCCGCAAGCAGCCCCGGCCAGUGCGCAUCCAGACUCUCGUGGGCAACAUCCACAUCAAGCAGGAAAUGGAAGAUGACUAUGACUACUAUGGGCAGCAAAGGGUGCAGAUCCUAGAGCGCAAUGAAUCCGAGGAGUGCACGGAAGACACUGACCAGGCCGAGGGCACCGAGAGCGAGCCCAAAGGUGAAAGCUUUGAUUCCGGGGUCAGCUCCUCUAUUGGCACUGAGCCUGACUCAGUGGAGCAACAGUUUGGGGCAGGAGCCACAAGGGACGGUCAGGCGGAACCCGCCCAACCUGAGCAGGCAGCAGAAGCUCCAACUGAGGGCAGUGUCCAGCCAAACCAGCUAGAAACAGGUGCCUCCUCUCCGGAGAGAAGCAACGAGGUGGAGAUGGACAAUACAGUGAUCACUGUCAGUAACAGCUCCGAGAAGGGUGUCCUGCAACAGCCGUCAGUCAACACAUCCAUUGGGCAACCAUUGCCAAGUACCCAGCUCUAUUUACGCCAGACAGAAACGCUCACCAGCAACCUGAGGAUGCCUCUGACCUUGACCAGCAACACACAGGUCAUUGGCACAGCUGGCAACACCUACCUGCCAGCCCUCUUCACUACCCAGCCCGCGGGCAGUGGCCCCAAGCCUUUUCUCUUCAGCCUGCCACAGCCCCUGACAGGCCAGCAGACCCAGUUUGUGACAGUGUCCCAGCCCGGCCUGUCCACCUUUACUGCACAGCUGCCAGCGCCACAGCCCCUGGCAUCAUCUGCAGGCCACAGCACAGCCAGUGGGCAAGGUGAAAAAAAGCCUUAUGAGUGUACUCUCUGCAACAAGACUUUCACAGCCAAACAGAACUACGUCAAGCACAUGUUCGUCCAUACAGGUGAGAAGCCCCAUCAAUGCAGCAUCUGUUGGCGCUCCUUCUCCUUGAAGGAUUACCUUAUCAAGCACAUGGUGACGCACACAGGAGUGAGAGCCUACCAGUGCAGUAUCUGCAACAAGCGCUUCACCCAGAAGAGCUCCCUCAAUGUGCACAUGCGCCUACACCGCGGGGAGAAGUCCUACGAGUGCUACAUCUGCAAGAAGAAGUUCUCCCACAAGACCCUGCUGGAGCGACACGUGGCCCUGCACAGUGCCAGCAACGGGACCCCUCCGGCAGGCACACCCCCAGGUGCCCGCGCAGGCCCACCAGGCGUGGUGGCCUGCACGGAGGGGACCACUUACGUCUGCUCCGUCUGCCCAGCAAAGUUUGACCAAAUCGAGCAGUUCAACGACCACAUGAGGAUGCAUGUGUCUGACGGAUAAGUAAUACCUUUCUCUCUUUCUUACGAACCAAACAAAACAACAACAAAAGAAAUAAACAAACAAACAAACAAAAAGCUAUGGCACUAGAAUUUAAGAAAUGUUUUGGUUUCAUUUUUACUUUCUGUUUUUGUUUUUGUUCCGUUUCAUUUUGUACUCCACGAAGAACUGUAUUUUGCCUGCUGGUACAUUACAUUUCCGGAGGCUCGGGCAAAUAAGACUUUUCCCAGUCUCCCUUGGAUGGUGGCCUUAAGGCCUGGUAGUGCUUCAAGAGCUCCACUGGUUGGAUCUCUAGCUACUGGCCUCUAAAUACAACCCUUCUUUACAAAAAACAAAACAAAACAAAAAAAACAAAACAAAAACAAAAAAAAGCAAAAAACCACACACAAAAAAAGCAAAACAAAAAAAUCUUUUAAAAAAGUUAAAAAAAAGUUUAAAAAAAAGACAAAGUUGUUUUUCCACUCGUGAAGAGCACUACAAAGUCUAUAAGGAGAUGUAAAAGGCCUGCUGUCUGUAAGUACACCGCUCACAGUGUUUCAGUGGACAUUUCACAGUUCUGGCCACUUGGACUUCAUAGUAACCAGUUAAAACUGUAAUAUCGCUUCUGGCUGAGAACCCAGAAUAGGCCCUGCUGUUUCCACCUACCACAUUAUUAAAGGGCUGUGGGAUGGGAGGGGGCAGUGAGCUCAGUGGUGUGAGGAAAAGUGGCAUGGCAGGCUUCUCCCCCAAUUCUGCCCAGUCCACACACCCUGGCCCACCUCCACCACAUCCCCCUCCCCUUUCAGCAGAAGCCAGAAGACUUGGACAAGCAACAGUGGCUAUCGUAUUUAUUCAGUGUCUUCGCUGAGCCUCAGCCUCAGCGCAAUCAGGAGGGACUUUCAAGAAAGGCAGGAAUGCAGAGAAAAUGGUAACAGAUUCGCACCUAUGUUUCUAGGUACAAGAGAAGGAUUAUUUCCAACAACCUUUGCAAAAAAAAAAGUGUCAGGAUAUAUUCUUGUGGAAGAGAAAAAGAAAGAGAAAUGGAGGGUGGGGGGAACAAUAAAAGUUCUUGAUGCUUUUUUAAUUCAAAAUUUUAUAGAGGGGCAAAAGUGAUGUUUACCAGAUAGAAUGCUGAUUUUUUUAAUAUAUUUACAACAGUAUUUGUGUAAAAAAAAACAAAAAAGUGAGAUUGUUAAAAGUAAUUUUUUUUUCUCAUUUUGGUCUUGCAUACACUGCCACCAAUCCCUUCUCAUUUACUUUGUCUCACACACACAUAUAUAUAUAUAUAUAUUUUUUGGUAAGUCAAGACUGUUAAGGUUAGCGAUACUGCUUCCAGAUAGAAAGAAUAAAAGGCAACUAGAGUUAUAUUUGAAAGAGAGGAAGGAUAUUUUCUUCAUAUUUUUUCUUAAGUUCUUUUAUUAUUUUAAGUAUUGCCUGGGUUGCUGAGGGCCUCAGAGGCCCACCCACCCCUGCUGUAAUUUCAACUGCUGCUGUGUUUUGCUGUGUAGAUCUUUGACUUCUGGCUUAAGUUGCUCCACUGAAUCCUCUUCCAUUGACCCAUCUAGAAUCCUGUCCUUUCUCCUGGGAGGGACGUGAUCCUUUAGCAGAUUUCCUACUUCUCCAACAUCUUCACUGAGCUCUUCGGAUUCUAGAAUCCCUUGCUUUUAUUUCUUUGAUGAAACACUAGUAGUCUAGAGAUCUUGACAGAGGGGGUUUGUUUUGUUUCUGGUCAGUCAGGCGCACUCCACAAAGUUCUCCCCUCCCACUGUGUGAAGGUCACUAUGAGAAGCCUGUUACAGACCACAAUGCGUCGAUGCCAAAACUCUUUCUUCCUUUCAGAUGUCACCCCUGGACUCUUCCCACCAUGCCUAAGAGGGCUAGAAGAUGAUCUCUCUAGCUGAUUAUUAACCCUUGCUUUUUGGAAAUUAACAAUUUCCCAAGCUAACAUCCAGUGAAAACUGGCCCUGGAUCUCUGGUGUCAUCCCAGAUACCACUCUUUCUAGUUGGGAUUUCUCUCUUUUGUCUUGAUAAAGAAAUCAUAAGAUUUUGUAAUUAUAUACAGUGUCUUAAAGGAAUUCCAGCUCAGACUAUAACUUUUAAACCUAGCUAAUACUCACAAAGUAGUUUCAUGACUGGGCAUGUUUUAGCAUACUUAAAAGGAAAAGUAAAUAUUUCAAUAAUGCAGAAACACCGAACUACAUUUUUAAAAAAUAAGAAAAGAGGGUAUUUUUGUUUCUAAACUAGUCUACAUUUUAAUUUAAUUUUCCUCCUAAUUUUCCUGUUAGCAUUUUAUUUACCAAAAAAAAAAAAUGCAGCAAACUAGGGAAAAUCUUCCAAGGCAAGCAACUCUGUAAUGACUAAAUUGGUUUUAUUCAUACAUUUUAGACAAUUGGUUAAGUUGGAUCUUUUCCAUAUGUUCUUUGUGAUGUUUCGUAGUUUGUGCAGUCUGAGUCGUCUUAUGGUGCUUCAUUCAGUGGAUAUUUUGCUAGGAGUUGUAAUGUAGAUUUGGAUGGUUAGCUGACUACUGAGGAUCACUCAGCGUGAUUUCUAAGAGGACAACCAAGAAUAUGUGUGACCUGCUUUAAAAAUGAGCUUCAGAAAUGCUGAGGCCCUCUCCACCCCACCCACCUGCUGGUUUUACUGUUGAAAGGGUCAGUAGUGACCCUUGCCACCUUACCACCAAUAGAGGGAGCAUUAAGUAACUACAUCACUGAAUCAUAUUGAUAUUUUGAAACAUGAGUCAUUAACCCAUUAGGAAAAAAAAUGACAUUGUGAUAAUUUUUCUUAAUCUGGAGGAAAAAUGACAAAAUCAUUGUAUAAACAAAUGAAAAAAGGUCAUACCUAGUUUGAGUUAUUUUCACUGUUGUCAGGGGUACGUUUUAAAUAGUGUCUCUGUUCCACGCUUAACAAAGCAGGCAGAAUUCAUAUUGUUUCUGGUAAAGCUUAUAUCGGGUGCCAUUGGGCUUCCCCAUCCUCUCCUGAACUCUGAAAGAGACCCAUUUGCCUUAAUGCUGUUUUGCCAUCGUCAGAAGCUAAGAAACUGCAUUAAACCCAAUGUUUGUUGUAGAGCAUGUAAGAAAAAGAACAGGUGACUGGAAGCCCUGAUACACAUCCUGUCCUUAAUAAAGGGAAUAUUUCCUUUAAAGAGAGCGGGAAGAUCCCUGAAGAUUUCUUGGUAAGGUCCUCCUCCCUAGGCUCAUUCCUACUGUAUUUUUUUUCCAAAACAUCUCACAGCCUAAAAUAUUUGACAUUGUUCUCUAGAACUGGGAGGACACUAACCUGCUCUCAAGCAAAGAUACAUCUAUAGGGCCACUGCCACAUAUUCAGCCUCUAAAGGGUGGCCUUCCCACUAACCGACAGUUCAGGAGACGAGCCUGUCUGCACCUCCUCCAGGAGAUGCAGGUGCUUGAUUCCAUGCACCAUCCUUGGCUUAU